ACACCUCACCCCACCCUCUACCCCAGAGGCCCACACCCCAUCCCGUUUCUCUCCUUUUGACUGUGUCUCUUCCUACCUCAAAAAACUCUUCUGAAUCCGUCAAUGGAAGAUUCUCAGUCUCAGUCCUACCCUCACCAAUACAGUCACUCAUCUCCACUCUCUUCCAUCAAUGAAUCUUCUGAGCAAGUCAAAUUCGCAAGCUCCGAUGCUGCCUUCGCACACAACUCCUCCGUGGUUGGAUCCAACAUCAGUGCUAAGUACAAGCUCAUGUCACCUGCUAAGCUCCCGAUUUCUCGCUCCUCCGCAUGUAUCACCAUCCCUCCUGGUCUCAGUCCUUCAUCCUUUCUCGAAUCUCCCGUUCUUCUUUCUAACAUCAAAGCUGAGCCGUCUCCGACCACAGGUUCCUUCUCCAAGUUUCAAUUAAUGCAAGGCUCUAGUGGAAGUGCUGCUUUUUCAUUUAUGAGAAGCUGCUCCAGUGGAAAUGCAUACGGUGAAACAACCGGCGAAUUUGAGUUUAAGUUUGCUAGUGGAUCUAGUUCUACAUCAGGAUCACUGGCGAAGGAAGCUGCGGUGAUUUCUGCAGGUUUCAACCAACAGCAAAAUGAACCUCUGAUUCAAGUUCAAGAUCGAUAUCUUUCUCCAUCAUUAGCAUCUUCAGCACUUGUUGAAAGCGAGAUGCCUAAUUCAAAAGAGCUGAGUCUACCUGCACCUGUUAGUUUAGAUGCCUCGUCAAUUAGUACUUCUGCUGCUGCAACUGAUAAUGAGGAAAUAAAACAGAGAGGUCAAUCAAAUCCAAGCUCGCAAGGGUCACAUGCUGAUAAUAAAGAUGUAUCAUCAGUAACAGCUGAGAGAUCAUCAGAAGAUGGGUAUAACUGGAGAAAGUAUGGCCAGAAACUUGUUAAAGGAAGUGAAUUCCCAAGGAGCUACUACAAAUGUACAUACCCUAACUGUGACGUUAAAAAGAUAUUUGAGCGCUCUCCUGAUGGACAAAUAACAGAGAUUGUGUAUAAAGGUUCCCAUGAUCAUCCUAAACCCCAACCCAGCCGUAGGUUUACUCCUGGUGCGCUUACGUCCAUCCAAGAAGACAGAGGUGAGAGAGAUGCAUGCCUCACUGGUCAAGAAGACAAAUUCAACACUAAUGCCCCGACUACUAACACUGAGCCCAGUGGUACUCCACUAUCGCCUCGACAAGCAGAUGAUGAUGGUCUUGAAGGUACAGUGUCUCAGUUGCACAACACUAAUGAUCAGAUGGACGAGGAUGAUCCAUUUGCAAAAAGAAGGAAAAUGGAUGGUGGCGUGGAUAUUACACCAGUUGUUAAGCCUAUCCGCGAACCACGUGUUGUUGUUCAAACUGUGAGUGAAGUUGAUAUAUUGGAUGAUGGAUACAGGUGGCGGAAAUAUGGUCAAAAGGUGGUCCGUGGUAAUCCUAAUCCCAGGAGUUAUUACAAGUGCACCAAUGCUGGAUGCCCUGUCAGGAAACAUGUGGAGAGGGCAUCCCAUGAUCCCAAAGCUGUAAUAACUACAUAUGAGGGGAAACACAAUCACGAUGUACCAGCAGCUAGGACUAAUAACCAUGAAAUGGCUGGAUCGGCGCCUGUAACUGGGGGUUCAAGGGUCAGGAGGGAAGAUAAUGGCUCAGUUAGCUUGGAUCUAGGUGUUGGUAUAGGAUAUGGUAUGGAGAAUAGACGCAAUGGACAACUUCGCACACUGCCUGCAGAAACUGUACAUAGCCAAGUUCAGGUUUCAGGUUCUAGUAUGAUGGUAGUACAGCCAGCUACAGUUGCGUCAUGCUACAAUAUUUUAAAUGGUGGAAUAAGCCGGUUUGGAACUAUAGAAAAUCGCGUUCAGGGCACUGGGUUUGAGACUAUGCCCUUGCAAUCAUCUGCUCAAUGUCCUCAAAACUAUGGAAGGAUACUUUUGGGCCCGUGAAUCCUGUGAAUGUUUCUUCCUUCAGGCAAAAGUUAAAAAUAAGAAACCUCCAUCUGUUUUCUUUUUCAGCUUCUUGGGGGAUUACAGAAGGCUACAUCUCUUGUUGGUAUAUACACUUCGCUUCAGAAUUGAGAACCCAACAUGUUGUAUGAUACAGGUUCACCAAGUAUUCAUUAUGUAAUUAGCUUUAUUAUCCCAGUUGCUUUAUAACAACAGUAUGCUACAAAAUGUAACAACUAUGCAUGUCUGAGUAGAUGUGAGCGUCAUUAUUUUCGCCCAACAGUAGGCAAAAUUUGCUCGGCUUAGUUGUGAAGAACUUGAAAGUAUGGGCUCCAUUUAGGAAAUUAUAAGAUACUUUAAUAUGCUGUAUUUUCUGUAAUAUGGUAGUAGACACGUGUGAAAUGUAUCCUCCCAAUAUAGGCUUUGUACAAUAGACAUUUGUGGUUCGAUUCCUUUCUGGAUUCCGCACAUAGCGGAAGGUUUAGUGCAUU